CGCCACCUCACCCAUCGAGGCAUGGAAGCCUUCGCAAAAAACUGCUGGGGCCUCAAGAAGUUCUCCUGCAGCCAAUGUACUUUCACAGCCAAAGGGGUUAAUGCCAUCCUCAAUAACUGCGGAUCACUAGAAGAACUAUCAGUUAAGAGGCUUCGUGGCCUCACUGAUGAGACCAUUUUCGAUCUGAUAGGUCCCGGCGUGGUGGGUGAUUCACUGAGGACAAUAUUCUUGAAGGAGCUUUACAACGGACCAAGCUACUCCCCUUUGAUCAUCAGCUCAAAGAACCUGAGGACUCUGAGGCUCAUGAAGUGCUCGGGCGACUGGGACAGGAUGCUGCAGACGAUAACAGAGCGGGUGCCCGGCAUGGUUGGGAUCCAUCUGGAGAGGAUUCGGGUGAGCAAUCUCGGCCUAAAUGCCAUUUUCAGUUGUCCGAGUUUAGAGAUAUUCCUCGUGAAGAUGCCGUACUGCACAAAUCUAGGGCUUGCUUCAGUUGCCGAACAUUGCAGGCUACUGAGGAAACUUAGUAUUGAUGGAUGCAGGGCAAACAGCACUGGUGAUAAAGGCUUACUCUCUGUAGCUACUUACUGCCAUAACUUGCAAGAACUUGUUCUUGUCAGAGUGAAUGCUACAAGCUUGAGUUUAGGUUCAAUAGCUUCGAAUUGCCCAAAUUUAAUGCGAUUAGCGCUCUGUGGUGCCAAGACAGCGGGCGAUGCUGAGAUUGCGUGCAUUGCUGCAAAAUGUACUGCCUUAAAGAAGCUCUGCAUUAGGAGCUGCCUGAUCACGGAUCAGGGAGUAGAAGCAGUAGCUAGUGGGUGCCCUUGUAACGCAGCAAAAUUAAUUGCAAUAUGUUGAU